GUUUUCAACAACUUGAAUCUCAAGGUCUUGUGCCUGAGUCCAUCGGCCAAGCAUCACUCAAAGUCAUACACUGGCUUAUUCAUAUGCUAUGCAAACAUUACAUUGAAUUCUGUCUGUGUGCUGACAAUUGGAAAGCUAUGAAAUUAAUGAUUGACAACUAUUCCAAAUGGUACCACUACCACAUCGCGAAGAAGCAAACUAUCAAGUCUGAAGAUGAGUCCCCAAUGCCUGCUGUCACCCCUCCUUCAUCAUCUUCUUCAAUGCCUGCAGUUACCCCUCCUUUGUCAGCUUCUUCAAUGCCUUCUCUGAAACGAGUUCACAUUGGUAUCAACCCUGUCGCAGAACCAGUGUUGAAAAGACAACGGGUCGAAGUGGAGGAUCUCGAUGAAGAUCUGUAUAUUCCUCUGAUUGCGCCUGUGUCACCCCACACUGAGAACCCAGAAACCCUGCAACACCCUUCACUCAAACGCAAGCCAACUCCACUGCCCCGUGCUGACAAGGGAAAAGAAAAGGAAUUGAUUGCUGUAGAAAUCAACAAUCCACUUUCUAAUAUUGUCUUCAAACCUUGCCCCAAACUGAUCACAAAGAAGGUCCCUACUUCUUCUUGUGUCACCGACUCUUCGACUUCUGGAACUACUACCUCCGAGUCAACUACAACUGCCCCUCCAUCAAAUAACCUAUCAGACACUGAUCCAUCUUCCCUGGCUGUCAAGAUGGAACUCAUGGCAGCAAACCCCCCAAAGUCCAUUCCUUCUAAUAUGAUUGACUUGAAGGCCCAACCAAUUAAGAAGUGACAGCUGAGUACUAAGCCAAUGCACAUGAGCCCCAAGAUCACAGCAUGGAAUCUUUGUGCCCUCGAGUGGCAAUCGAAUGGCCAUCAAAAAGAACCAGCAAGUGUCUUCGCAAUCUUCUGGAACAGUCUAUCGAGCACCGACAAAGAGGUACAUCAUUUUAAUAUUUUCAAACAAGGCGAGCUGGCGAAGCGCAGUACCCAUGCUGGGGUGGAACCACAGUGAUUACCACACUACGCCUCUUUUGUCGCCUCAUCCACGCAGACGAAAAGAUACUUGCCAAGAUAUGCGUAGGGGUCUUUAACCUUGCGGAGAGCGAGCUGGUACUGGCAUGUGUCAACUUAUUCGAACUAUGCGGUACCUGUAUUGAUGUUAUCAGAUGAAUAUAUCUAUCCUCACCAUCAAUGACAUCCACUCACACAUCGUCUCCAG